UUACGAAAUUGCAUGUCUGUUUUUCAUUACUUGUUUUCAACUAGUGAUCACACGUCACGCGAUAGGCGCGCUUAUCGCUGUACUUUUCGCAUCAGUACGGUGUUUGUAUUUACAGUUGCAACGUUUAAGUCUAUUUACAUGAGAUAUUCUUAAGAGUGUUUCUAGAUAUUAGUUUUAAAUGCCUUGGAGCAUUUGCACGUCUCACUGCGGAAGCGCCUGGAACGUGCGAGGAAAAUAAACACUUAAUUGGUUAAAGUUCCGGUGCAUUGCCUCGUUCGCAAGCUACGUCAUCUCGAUUCAUCACAAUAAACACUGUUAACGAUGAUUGGUUCAUCGAUGACGUUUCGAGUCAACGAUCAUAAUUUGAUUCUAUUCGGUAACUUUUUGAGAACUAUGUACAUACAUACGUCAAAGUAGGGAGAGUAACGUGGAAUGAAUCAUCGUCGAUGCGCGCGCAGAGUAAGUACGGCUGUUCGUCGUCUCUACGCGUUGCGAGUUGCGAGCUCGUGUUAGACGUCGAAGAAACGGAAAUGUUGACAGACGUUUAAAGUUACAACGAAAACCAUCGUCUUAUUCAACUUGCAUCGUAAAACGUAUACAUUUCGUAUGUUUUCGAAUGCACGACAUAUCGAAUCAUUUCGGAAGAAUCGUAAAUUUCUUUUAUAUAUUUUCGCAAGACUAUGGAGAAUGAACAACGGCAUUAUGAAUUACGAAGUGGAAGUAGAUCACGCUCCAGAACUCCUUUGGUACAAAGUAGUACAACCACGAUCGAGCCAGAAACUUUAGAGCAUCAUUAUCACUUGAGAAAUCUAAGUCGGGAGAGAUCUCGUACUCCUGGAGAAAUUGCAAAUGUUAAAAGAUCUGGUAGAAUAUUAUCUGGUAGUGGCAGUAAAACAAACGACCAAAAUGUGGGGACUAUAACAGAAACAAAAAAAGAAAUUGUUACGGUCGAUACAACGUUGGGAAAUAAAAGUAAGCACGUUGAAAACUCUUCGUUCUACACAAAGAAAGGAGAACGUCGAUCCGAACGGCAAAAAGCAAAAAAGAAAAUAUUUGCAAAUGGUCAAACCGACAACAAAGAAGAUUCGCUUACACAUAAAAGCGAAAAAGGCGAUAAAAGUAUCUUCCUACAUAGGACUUUCACUAGCAACUAUUCUUCAGAGGAAACAGAACAAGAAGAUACAUCGCACAAACCAUGUUCUGCACAUGAAAUCUAUAAACAAGCUGGUGAUUGGUGGGAUGUAUUUCCUAAAACGGACUACACCUAUUCAGAAAAGUCCAAAUGUCGUUACGAAAUAGCACCAGGUAUACUGGCAAUGCCCAAUAUGUCCCGACGCUCCAUCCAUUCAAACACAGACAAUUCUAAUCAAUUUUUGUGUACUCCGCCUGAGAAUGAUACGUGUGAAACAACAACAAAUAUUGAAAAAGAGAAGGAAACAAAAACAAAGAAUUCAACCCUCAAUGAAUUUUAUGGAUCACAUAUACCGAAACCGGAUAAAGCCAAGGUUCAAUACACAAAGAAGCAUGUGGAACAGUACCAUCAUCACAGAGAAGUAAUUUAUGCAGAACCUGAUAGUUUAACGAAUUUACGAUCAAGGUUUGUUAUGUAUUUAAAAUUUACUUGUACAACAAAAACAAUUUCAAAUAACUAUAACCAAAGAAACAAAAUGGUGCAACGAUUUAUGAAUUUUGUAUCAAUCAUUGUUUCAUGGUUUAGCAAAUUCCUUGAAUUUCUAAAGCUGAAGACAGUUAAAAGAAGAGAAUAUUAUGCCACUUACGAAUAUAAAGAAUAUGAAUCUAAAUACUCGAAAAUCUGGAAAUAUGUCGAUCAUUGUUUGCAAUAUGUUUAUCUCUUUAUGGUUAGAGUGUUCUUCUUUGAUUCGUGGUUAUUGAGCCACGUAUCCAAUGCUAGAAGAUGGAUACACCAGAGAAACCCAAAGAUUUUUUGGCUUGCUUCAUUGCCACUGCUUCUUCUUACUGGAACUUACAUCGUGCAAAAACAGUCCUUUAUCAGUCUGGAUUCUCUGCGAAAUAUUCCCUACGAUGUCACUGAGACGAGCAAUCGCAUCUUUAACGAUAUUAUCAGCUUAUCGAUUUCCCAAAGCGAUUUAUUCGUUCAAUAUAUAAAAAAACUUAAAGACUUGUCGUUAUAUUUCGUGCCCGGUGUGAACGUGUCUUCACCCGAGAUGCCUUAGCAUUGUUUAGAAUUUGAUCGCUUGAAGAUUUUUUCAUUUGUCGUUUAUAAUUUACUUUAUACGUAGUUUCUAGUAACGCUGGACUUGGUUGAACUUGCUUUAUUAUGCGUAUUAUGCGUAUAUGUAACGUAGCAAGUAUACAUAUGAUAUAAUAUACAUACGUAUAUAUGUACGUAUCAUAUAUGCAUCGUAAUGCAUAACUGAUUUUUCGUAAUUAUUAAUGUUUGCUAAUACUAAUAUUUGCUGAUAACAAAUUACACACAUCGCAUUUUCAAAGUAGAAAAUUGUAAUUGGUACCGAGAAAUAUUGCCACGUUAUGUUUUUGAUAUAUUUUGUACGUUAUAUCUUAUUGGUAGUCAUUCUAUAUAUUUACGACGGAAAGUAAGUAAUAAUUACGUGCAAAAGUUAUCUUUACGUAUGCCCGAUGCUAUGGUAUCUGUGAGAGCACGUUCAUACGUCGUUCGUAGAGACAGAACAGUAAUUGGUCGUUCGUAACGUAACGUUGUCAAUAUAAAACAAGAAAAUGUAACCAAAUGGUUAAAUUUAAUAAUGGGAGAAGGAUAGAGGGAGUAGGAUUCGUUCAUUGACAGUGUAAAUAAAUUAGGAUAUUCGUGCUUCACGAGGAAUAUGGAUAUAAUCUAUCUCUAUAUCUCGAUAUCAUCGGAAUGGUUGGUGGUGUUUACUACAUUUUUCAACUUUGUUUCCUCUCACCAAAGUAAUUACACGGCAAUUUGGAGUUGGAGUUGGACCGGAGUUAGUUCCGAGUGAUAAACCGUUAUUUUUAAAGUGGGAAAUGUUUAGGAAAGGAGAUAAUCUUGAAUCGAUCACCGAAAAAUUACACGAUAGAAUCAAUAAUUUAGAGGAUCGAACUAUCGAACAGUCUAACGAGAUAUUAUUAUUGGAGAAGAGAAUGAAAGAAUACAAAUUAGAUGAUAUAUACUCUCAAGAAAUUAAUAUCAUUAAAUCACAGUUGGAGAGACUGAAAGAAUUUUAUUCAGAGUUAAAAUCGUGUUGUAACACACGUACAAAUCGUAUUAGCAGCGAAGAUCUGGAAAAACGAAUUCAAAUGGCCUUUGCCGAUUAUUUCGAUAUUUCAACGUCGAGAAGAGAAAAAGUUCACGAUAAAUCGUGGAUCGUUAACGAUAACGAUAACGAUAACGUUGUAACGGAUGACCGUGUGCGCGAAAUAGUUAAGGAAGCUAUAAAAAUAUACGACGCGGAUAAAACUGGACGCGUGGACUAUGCUUUGGAGUCUGCUGGUGGUCAGAUUAUCAGUACACGUUGUACGCAAAGAUACGAUACGAAAACUAGAGUAGUCAAGUUAUUGGCUUUUACCCUAUAUCAUGAAAAUAAUAAUCCUCGUACAGUGAUACAAGGAAAUCCAAUACAACCAGGUGCUUGCUGGGCAUUUCAAGGCUUUCCAGGAUAUUUAUUAAUUAAGUUGCGAAGUUCUAUUUACGUUACUGGAUUUACCGUGGAACACGCACCGAAAUCAAUUUUGCCCAACGAAGAAAUGAGAAGUGCUCCUAAAAAAUUUAACGUUUGGAAUACAACGAUCGAGACACCAUACGAAUAUGUGGAAUUAAGAAUACAUAGUAAUCACGGGCAACUUGAAUAUACGUGUUUGUAUAGAUUUCGUGUACACGGAAAAUCGAUCUAAAUUAUCUUUCACUGAAAAUUCAAGUGCAAGUAUUUCGAAUAUUGUAAUUGUAAUAAGAAUGGAUUCGCAAUUUGAUUCAUAUCAAAGUUAGUGAAGAAAGCAAGUGAACAAACGAAUGCACGAGUCGACAAUUCGUGGGUAGUGGAGAAUGGUUCAAGGAAAAUUGGAUGAGAGAAAGUUAUUGCAUGUUGUGCCUUCAAUUACUAUUACUCGAUGUAAUAACAGUAACCACUGCGAUCUAGAGAGAGAGAGAGAGAGAGAGA